AUGCAGAAUCACCUAUUCUUCUGGCUUCAACAACCAAGCUUCAGAAAUCUUGCUCUCUUAUCGCCGUCUCUUGGCUUCCUCAAUUGCAUGUUCCCUGAGCCCGUGACUCAAAAGUACUCACCUCCACCCGUGCAGCUGCUUUUCGCAGCCAUUUCAGAUACUCCCUCUACCCACGAUGCCUUGUGCCUUUUGAAGCUUUGGAGAGCAGUCUCUUGCUUGAAACAUCGAGUUGCAAGCUCAAACCCAACAGUGUGGCCGCUGUUUGUCGUUUACGCCUUGCACCGCUUUGCUCUUUUCGCCUCUGCGUUUGCGUCCAUGCCCGAGUUCAACCCAAACCUCCAUGUUCUCCCGCCUUUGGACGUAGCCUGGGUGUGGCACUCGCUUCUAACGGCUCCCGAGGCCUGCUAUGCCAUGUUUGCUGAAUCUGCGUUUGCCAACUUCUUGCAAGUGCCGUUUCCCUUGCGUCAAUUGGGUGAUGCCAUCUCCUCAUCCUUUGACUAUACCCCAGAUCAGCUUGCCCGCCACAAUUUCGACGCUUUGCUUGCCAAUUUCGGCAAGGGUUACUACUUGGAAUACGAGAAUGUCACGUUUGAUCCUUCGUCAAUUGUACUUCCCGUAUACUGUCCCAUCUCCAAGGCUCUUCUUGUGUCGGUGCCCUUGUCUCACUUUGCCUGCUCUUCGUUCCUGGUUCGCUCAAAGGAGGGCGUUAUUUCCCACCACUCCCUUGCCAGACGCCAGAGCGAUGCUGCUUUGACACAGCUGGCGUUGCGCCCGCUGCGCUCGCUUCCACUUGAAGAGCGGCCUUCGUUCGGCUCUCCGGGCUCUCCGUCCACCGACUCUUCCUCACCUACGUCGCCCAUCAACUCCAAUUCUUCCUGCGCUUCUAGCCUGCUGACUCCAACUUCGUGGACCUCGCAAAAGUCAUUUCUGUUUGAGUCUGCCAAUCCUUUGGUCCAUUUAACUAUCGAGGAAGACUGCUUACAGAUCCUGGGCGACUGGAUCGACCACUUGGUGCUUUCGCCAGUGCAAAACAUCAUCGACUCAGGAAACUGGCUUUCCCACCCGAAGCUCUCGGUGAUGCUUACCCUGGCGGUGAUGCGCUACAAAAGCUUCUGGAAGCUCUUGUCCAAGAACUCUACGGGGCCAGCUCUUGUGCCUACGCUUGACAUUCGCUUGGUGUGGUAUACUCACAUGGCUCGGUUCAACGAGUACGCCGACUUCUCGGUGUUCCACACAGAUGUCAUCAUGGUGCCUCCAGUCAGCGGAUCUCAAACCACCAAGGAUCUCGAAAAGACUGCUACCUUGUACCAAAAAAGGUUCCACGCUCCUUACCUCCACUGUGGCCACACAAGGAACUCUCCGCCAUUUUCCAGAAAAACUUGCACGCUAUCCUGUUAUAAAAAUAUAUAUGAGCUUUUAGCUCCCUCGGGCGAUCAGCAAUGA